AAACCCCAUUACCAAGCUCAACAGACACUCCAAAAUACCCUCUCCCCAGCCAAGAUGUUCACCGGCAUCGUCGAAAUCCUCGGAGUUGUCUCCUCUCUCAACCCCUCCGAUGCAUCCGGCGGCACCACGCUCGUAAUCUCCAACGCCGCCCCCGUGCUCAUCGACUGCCAUGAUGGCGACUCCAUAAGCGUCAACGGCACCUGCCUCACCGUAACCGCCUUCACAGACUCCACCUUCACCGUCGGCGUCGCGCCCGAAACCCUGCGCCGCACGAACCUCGGCUCGCUGGCGCAGGGUGACUCUGUCAACCUCGAGCGCGCCGUCUCGUCACACACGCGCAUGGGCGGACAUUUCGUGCAGGGACACGUUGACACCGUUGCGACUAUCGAUGCGAAGACCCCGGAUGGAGAGGCGGUGACGUUCAGGCUGAGACCGAGGGAUAAGGAGGUGAUGAAGUAUAUUGUUGAGAAAGGGUUUGUGGCGCUGGAUGGGGCGAGCUUGACGAUCACGAAGGUGGAUGAUGUGGAGGGCUGGUUUGAGGUCAUGCUCAUUGCGUAUACGCAGACGCGGGUUGUGACGGCGGCGAAGCCGGUGGGUGGGGAUGUGAAUGUGGAGGUUGAUAUGAUGGGGAAGUAUGCGGCGAAGAGUGUGGAGGGAUACUUUGAGGGAGGGGGUGUGCCGGAGGCAUUGCAAAAGUUGAUUGAGAAGAUUGUGGAGGAUAAGUUGGCGGCUUUGCAGGCAAAAUAGAGGAAUACUCAAUUGGCACCUUAAGAUGGUGGUCCUGUUGCAGUGGUCCUGUUGCAGAAGCCAUGAAACGUAAAUUCACAAUCGCUCUCAUCACCAAGCUAACGGGGACCCUUCCCGUCUUCAAUAGUAUCAGACUGAGUUUUGGUCUGCUAUUUGGUCAGCUACUGUUAAGAGUGGAGCUACAUCACGCUGAAAUUUAAGAUGUAUGUCGAAAUUGAUAGAUUUUAUUUUAUGAGUAAUUUAAUAGACAAAUAAAAUAUUAUCC